AUGGCACCUCAGCUCAAGGACCCUUCUCUGCUUAAGCAGAAUGUCUGCUUCGUCAAUGGCGAGUGGAAAGCCGCCAAGUCCGGCAAGACGUUUGAGGUGACUGACCCCGGAACGGGCAAGCUAGUGGGAACCAGCCCCGAGUUCACGGCUGAAGACACGCAGGAGGCCAUCGACGCAGCAAGCGUGGCUCUCUCUUCGUUCCGCAAGCUGACGGGCCGCGAGCGCGCCAGGCUACUCCGCCGGUGGUACGACGAGCUGGUGGCUAACGCCGAGGACAUUGCGACGCUCAUCACGUGGGAGAACGGCAAGCCGCUGGCGGAUGCGCGGGGCGAGGCGACGUACGCGGCCAACUUCUAUGAGUGGUUCAGCGAGGAGGCGCCGCGGAUCUACGGCGACACCAUCGGCACGGCGACGGCCAGCAACCGCGUGGUGACGUACCGAGAGCCCAUCGGUGUGUGCGGUUUCAUCACGCCCUGGAACUUCCCGGCGGCCAUGAUCACGCGCAAGGUCGGCCCGGCGCUGGCGGCCGGGUGCACCGUCGUGUGCAAGGCGCCCGGUGAGACGCCCUUCACGGCGCUGGCCAUCGCCGAGCUGGGCGUGCGCGCGGGCAUUCCCAAGGGCGUCUUCAACGUGGUGACGGCCCUGAACAACACCAUCGAGGUGGGCCAAACGCUGACGAGCGCGCCGGCCAUCCGCAAGGUGUCGUUCACGGGCUCGACUGGCGUCGGCAAGGUGCUGAUGAAGCAGUCGGCCGACACGCUCAAGAAGCUGUCGAUGGAGCUGGGCGGCAACGCGCCCCUGAUCGUCUUCGACGACGCCGAGCUGGAUGUGGCCGUGGCGGGCGCCAUCACGUCCAAGUUCCGGUCGUCGGGCCAGACGUGCGUGUGCGCCAACCGCAUCUACGUCCAGAAGGGCAUCUACGACGAGUUCGUCGCCAGGUUCGCCGCCAAGGUCAGGGAGUUCAAGGUCGGCAACGGCUUCGACGAGGGCACCACCCACGGACCCCUGAUCCACAGCCGCGCCAUCGAGAAGGUCGACGCCCACGUCCGCGACGCCGUGACCAAAGGCGCCACCGUCCUCGUCGGCGGCCAGAAGCUGCCCAACCUUGGCUCCAACUUCUUCCAGCCCACCGUCAUCCGCGACAUGACCUCGGACAUGGACAUCGCCUCCCAGGAGACUUUUGGCCCCGUCGCCGGCAUCUUCCCCUUCUCCUCUGAGCAGGAAGUUGUCUCCCUCGCCAACAAGGCUGAGGUCGGCCUCGCCGGCUACUUCUUCUCCCGCGACAUCGAGCGCGUCUACCGCGUCGCCGAGGCCCUCGAGGUCGGCAUGGUCGGCGUCAACACUGGCCUCAUCUCCGACACGGCCGCGCCCUUCGGCGGUGUCAAGCAGAGCGGUUUCGGCAGGGAGGGCUCCAAGUACGGUAUUGAAGAGUACCAGAUCAUCAAGACUAUCACAUUUGGUGGCAUGGGAAAGCCCCUGCAGAUUCGAUUCCCACCUUCCUACCGCCCGUUGGCCAUGGCAGCAAUAGCAGCACCCAUCCGGACGUUUUCCGCAUCGACAGCACUCUACAAGAAGCGCAAGAUUGCACCGGCGAGCAACAGCCCAAACAACAACAACGGCGGCAGCAGCAGCAAGGCAAUGUAUUCACCCACCAAAGUCGACGGCGGCAGCAGCAAUGGUGGAGCACAGCCAGACCCGGAGGACCCUCUCAACUUCUCCGCCGUGACAGAGGCGUACGCCCCGAUCGACGCACACUUCAAGUCGCAGCUUCACAGCCUCCUUAACGGCGGGCGGUUCAACCCCGACUCGCUGGGCGGGCUGCAGGUGUCGGUGAAGACGCAGGUGCCGGCCGACGACGGCACUGGCGCGGUUCUGACGGACGUCGAGACGUUCCCCCUCCGGGAGCUCUGCCAGGUGGUCCCCCGCCCGGGUCGCACCAUCUCGCUCCUCGUCAACGAGCGCGACUACGUCAAGCCCAUCAUGUCGGCGGUGCAGGCGUCGCCCGACUUCAACCAGCAGCCGCAGCGGUCCGACGACAACGACCUGGAGCUCGUGCUGCGCGUCCAGAUGGAGCGCAAAGAGGACCUGAUCCGCCGGCUGCGCGACGCCACCCAGACGUGGAGGGACCGUGUGCGGCACGCCCGCACAAAGCACGACAAGGUUCUCAAGGAGUGGAAGAAGAACAAGGUCCUCACCACCGACGUCGCGCGCAAGGCCGAGACAGAGCUGCAGAAGCUGCAGAAUAAGAAAAUGAAGGAGAUUGAUGACGAGGAAGCUCGUGCCAUGAAGCAGCUCGAACGCAAUUCUUCCUAA